AGAAGCGAUCUUGCGCUCCGGGUUUUGCAUUACGAAAUUGCUCUAAACCAAUAAUAGUCAGAGCUCCGCAGAGAAAGAGGGAGGACAAAACAAAACAGUCGCCUUAAAAUCAACACGUUAAUUAAAGCAGGGGUAACGGGGUACGCCGAAAUGGAUGAAGAGGUUAGAGAUCCCGCGUUGGAACAAGCAGAGCAGGGUACCUAGUGGCCUAAGACGAGACUGCAGCACACAUCUAUCCAUGGAAGAAGGCAGAUCCAUCAAAAUCCAGGCUUUGGGGGACCCUUAUGGCAAUGAAGCUGAACGAGCGCUGCGUGGCACAUUAUGCCACUUGCGACUCUCCGGCAGACCACACGGGCUUUCUGUGCAAGCGUGUGGAGCGCCGCCACCACCACCACCACACCAGUUCCUACCACCGCUGCUGGUUCAUCCUCAAAGGCAACUUGCUUUUCUACUUCGAGGAGCAGCAGAGCCGUGAACCCCUGGGUCUCAUUGUGCUGGAGGGCUGCACGGUGGAGCUGUGCGAGGCCGCUGAGGAGUUUGCCUUUGCUAUCCGCUUCGAUGGCAGCGGUGGCAAGGCCUAUGUGUUGGUUGCUGAUUGCCAGGCUGCGAUGGAGGUUUGGGUGAAGGCCCUUUCCAGGGCAAGCUUUGAUUACAUGAGGCUCGUGGUUAAAGAACUAGAGAAGCAGCUGGAGGAAGCGCGGAAGAGCUUGGUCACCUGUCACAAAUCUCCAAAGAGACCUUCCUCUGGCUGGAAGCGACAUCUUUCCAGUUCCACAUCAGUACCCCUCCAGGAGCACCCUGUCAUCUCAGAAAAUGGGUACUCCACAUGGGUCAACGGUUGCACUGUUGCAGGAGCUGUUUUGGACCAUGAUGUGGGGUAUCUGAAACCCCCGCCUUUACCCCCUCGCCGAAGACCAGCUUGCAGCAGUGCAGGUGGAAUGCCUGCUCCAGGCCUUGGUUCUGCUGUGCAGGAAAGCCCGGUGUCUCCAGAGACAGCCUGUUUCUCAAAGUUGCACGAUUGGUACGGUCAGGAGAUAGCAGAGGCGAGGAUGGAAUGGAUGCAAAGCCAGAAUGUAUUGUGAACGUACUGAGAAAAGUAUUUUGGGAUGUGGGGAAGAGGGACGGAAGGAAAGAGAAAAAUAGAUGCAAAACAAGUUUUCACAGACCUCUUGGUGCAUUGUGGAUUUGCUCUUGGCCAACAAAAUUGCCAAAGAACCUAUAUUGCUUUCUGGAAUAGUGGAUUGCAAAUAUGUGUAUGUUCUAGGUUACUCUCAAAAUAUAGUCUCCCCAUGGGGAUCUUGAAAUGCCCAGAAUAUCUCUGAAAAUUACCCAUGCACCAUCUGUAUCUCAAGCAGUGUUAGCAAAAGGCUUUGGCAUAGUUAUUUCACUACUUCUUUCGCACUGUGCUGUAAAGCUCAAGUUGGCACUCUCAUGUUUCAAGUGGCUUCUUAACACAUGAGAGGAAUCUGAAUUUCUGUUGAGCCAUACAAUUCAGUUAAUGACAUUCAAUCUAUAUAUUCCAGUUGCUUUGAGCCUUGUGUUAGACUAAUAAUACUAAUCAUUUAUACAGCACAUUUCAAAUAUCCAAUAAUCUUUACAUACAUUACAUAAAGGUUACUGACAACAAUCUGAAAAGGUGGGCUAGUAUAUUUAUCGCCAUAUGGAGAGCAAAGCAAAUUGCCUAAGACCACCUCUUGCCGAGGUGAAAUUUGAUCCAGUAGUUUCACACUAUUAGUCACAGUGUUGCCCUAGAAUAGACAUUAUAAAAUGCUUCCAAGAUCCAUAACUAAGGAAUCCCCCACUUUUGGGGCUUUUGCUACAUUUUAAGUCAGUAUUUGAAGAUAACCUCUUCAAGAGGCAACAUGACCUAGAUCUGAGUAAGUGAACCAACAAAUUAGGGACAGUUGCUCCCACAUACUAACAUCAUAAUGUGUGACCAUUUAAUUACACGGAAUGCCAGCAGUGGGCAGAGCAGAUGUUAGCAUUGUACUGUAGUCUAGUUUCUACAUGCACUUGCACCUAUCUUUCUAUCCUCCAACUAGACAAGCAAGAAGCAUUAUUGGAGUUCAAGAACCUGCUCUAGCCAGGCAAACACAAUCAGGGUGCAAAGCAGAGCCAGGGAGGAGUGUGGUUUGGGGAAUGUUCUAAGGCCCUAUGGAGAAACCUGGAGAGCCACAUUUGUCCCUUGGCCCUGUUGUUCUGACCUAUACAAUAGUCUCCAAAGGAAGCCGCUAAUGUGUACAGUACAUAGCCCGACUAGGGUGAAGAACAGUAUAAACCUAGACUUUUCAGCCAUCUCAACUGCAAUCACUGAGUUGUGAGUUUUGUAGUCAUAAGUCCAUGAACUUCAAUUUAAAUGAUGCCAAUAGGCACUGGAUUCCUGUUCUAUGGUGUCCAGUAUACACUGCCUUUAUAUCAUAUUGCUGCAUUCUGAUUUUUGGGAUCAGGUUUGUUCUUUAGCAUUCUUGCACAUUAGUGACUUUAACUAUAACUAAUUGGCCAACCAAACCAUUGUUUACAAAGUCAUCCUGGCCUCAGACCAGUGCUGGUAAUAACCAGUUGCAACGUUCAAAUGGAAUGACUAUCCCUGCUGGGAGGGAAGAACCACCAUGACCGUUUUUAAUAUGAUAAAAUCAAGUUACCAUGGCAAAUAAUAUGUCACUUCCAACAGUGAAAAUGGUUAAUGUUUUGAAGGAAGAUAGUAAUAUAUCCACUCCAAAGAAAAAAAUUCUGAUCUGCAAUAAUGUUAGCAGCAGCCAGAAUAUGCCUGCUAAGGUCGUACAACAAAUGGAAGCUAAUAACUUCAUGGUGCUCUACAUACACCCUUGAAUUACACUUUUUGUAUGUUUGCAUGGGUUAUGUUUUACACUUAAAACAAGAAUAUACACUACUGUUUCAUAGUUAUUUGUAGUACAAAUUUAUUCUUGAAUAAACUUUUUAAUAUAUA